AUGAAGCCUUCAGACAACCACCGCCACCAACUACUCAAAUACCUCGAAGACCGGGCAAAUCGACCCUCCUCCACAGCCAUCGCUCCCCCACCAUAUACAACCAACCCAUUAAACACAACCAAUCCACCAAACACAAUCCAACGUCCAAUGAUAUACCUCCAAGACAGUAUAUCCUCUCACAUAGAGUACGACUGGGAUGAGCCAGCCCCAGCAGCUAUCUCAAUCACAAUUGACUGCUCAAUCACCAUCUCUGGUGAUAAGAACACCGUCUCUGUGUCCUCGCCACGAGCUGGUUCCCUGGUGAACGAUGCUACCAAUCCAAGUAUCGAGGCGACCAGCGCCAAGGCAAUCGAGAACGGUCAGGAGCAGAUGGGUCAGCUCGCUACCACUCUCAUCAACGCCCUCAAGGCGCAGGAUUUGACUGAGGAAAGUGGUCGCAAGCGCCCUAUCACCGUUCAGUUCAAGCGUGGAAUCGCUGUCAAGGGAGUUGAUAAUAAAGUCUGCCUUUGGGAUGCCCGCUCGAAGUCGAUGGUGUUGAGACGGAAUUACUCGCAGGCAGAAACCCUUGAUACGGGCGUUAAGGAGAACACCAAGGCCAAAUCUGAGGAUGGCAGCCAGCCGCCGGCCGAACGCCGUUGCUCCUAG